CUUUGCCUUUUCGUUUUUCCUUAUUCAGUCCGAUCAACAGGAGGGAGAAGAAAAAAGGAGGGGGGCCAGAGAAGAGGCGGGGUUCUUCGAUGGAGCUGAGAGACACACAGUGACAGAGAGCAGUCCAGCACUCAAUCUGUGGAAAUAUGAUGGAAGCCAGCGUUGUUUCCCAGGACGCAGGCCACACAAGCCCUCUGACAGGAUCAGUCGACACUCCAUCCAUCCCCUCGUCUGCCUCCAUCCCCCCAUCCUCUCCACCUUCCCUGCCCGCCUCAAACCCUCCGGUCCGGCCAUGUCGACCCAAACCGCCACCUCCUGCGAUGAAGUCCUCCCAGCUCCCUUCUUCUCCUCCUCCACCUCCGUCCACUCCUCCAACCCUCCCUCCCCCUCUCCCUCCUGUCUCCAAACCUCCUCCCCCUCUCCUUCCCAUCUCCAAACCCCCUCCGCCCAUCUCUUCCAAUCCUCCUCCUCCUUCAGUUGCUCCCUCUCCCUCCUUAAACCCUCCUCCAUCUCUCCCUCCUCCUCUGUCCCCUACUCCAGCAUCUCCUGCUCCCCUGCUUUCUAUCCAGCCAGCUGUCUCCUCUGAUCUUACUCCAACUUUUACACCUCCUCCUCUUCCUGCCCCUUUAUCACCAACAAUCUCUUCCUCCUCCUUAUCAUCACCUCCUCCUCCACCUCCUCCUGUUAUCCCACCAUCCUCUCCAACUCCUCCGAUCCUGAGUGCUAUAGAUAGGCUGGUUGGGAGCGUCUCAGUGUGGCAGCUCAAAGGACUCAGCCAAGACCAAACAACAAGUAUACUGGAGAAAGAGACGGCUGGGGCAUUCCUGGUUCACAGCACAGAGGACAAGGCUAUGACACUGUCAGUGCGCCUGCCUGAUGAGCAGAGAGCGCCGCUCGUAAACAACCUGAUGGUCAAACAACACAAGACAUUUUUUCACUUGGAUGGUUCCUCACUGGUGUUUGAUGACAUCUUUAAAUUGAUCUCCUUCUACUGUGCCAGCAGGGACAUCCUGGCCAUCCCACUGAGGUUACCGCAGGUUAUUGCCACAGCAACUAAGAAAGAGGAGCUGGAGGUCAUCUCUGCUAUGGGUGCAGAUUUCUGGACGUCUGAUCUGAACCAGCAGCCAAAGAACCAGGACCUGGUUUUCCAUCAGAACCAAAGCAGACUGUACUUAUAUGUCAACCCAGUCCCUGUGGAGGAGAGCCCCAGCAGAGAGCUGAACCCCUUCUCUGUCUCCAAACUUGAUAUCAUCACCAAUCAAAGCACCACUUCCUCCCUGCAGAACGGAGAGGCACCACAGAAGACCAGCACAGAGGUUAAAGGUCAAACUAAAGCCACACCCAGCCAGGAGAUAAAAUACAAGCGCCCCCCACCCCGACCUCCCAGCCUGGGCUCAGGGAUGGGCCUCCUCUUCUCCACUCCCCCCUCGCCUCACACUUCAUCUUCUGCACCUCCAGCAGCUGACAGAAAAGAGGAAGGAAAGGGAGGACUGGGGGAGAAAGAAGAGAGGAAGUCAGUCGCGACAUCACUUACUCCUUCGAGGCCUCCUGUCCCCCCGCAGAGCCGAGCCGCUCCCCCACUGCCUCCUGCUCCUCUCCGUCGCACCUCCUCCAGGAAAAGCACUGACCGAGAGGUAGGAGAGGGGACGGAGAGAGAGAAGGGACAAAAUCCAGCAAAGAAGACUGAGAGAGGAGAGGGGGGAGGAGACACAGGGGAGGAGAAAACUGGAAGUAAAUCAGGUCAGGUGGGUGAGGGGGGGGCGCAAGAGAACAGCAGCCAGCAUCAGGAGGAGGAGGUUAAAGAGGACAAGAGAAAGAAAGAGGAGGAAAAGGAGGUGAAAACAGAAAAAGAGGAGGACAAACAGAAAUCCAGUUCCCAAUGUGUGCCAUCAGUGAAGAAACCGUCCCGCCCUGUCCCUCCACCGAGGAGGAAACCCAGCUCCCCGGACGCACCUGUGUGCUCCAGCCAGCCCGCAGGAGGAGGAUUAGCCAAUCAGAGUGCUGGGAUAAGGGUGCCCCCUCCCUCUCCCGCACGGCGGCCGGAUGUGUCACUGUACUCGCCACAAGGGGGCGCUGUGCUGGGAACCGACCCCGACUCCUGCUCUGCCAGCAGCACAGAGGAAGAAGGAGAGCUGAACCAGGAGCAGGAGCAAAACAAUCGUCCUGCAGGGAGCCGCAGCCCGAAGGCAGCAGUCAGGAGGACCCCCACCACUAUCAUGCUGGACCGAGCCCGCUACCGCCUGUCCACCGUCCUCACUGGCCUCAUCAGCCAUGACCGCCGCCUCACACAGCGCAUCGUCGAGCUGGCCAGGGACCCUCUCAGCUACUUUGGUAACCUGGUGAAAGAGCAUCGUGCGUUCACCUUGGAGACCAUGUCUAACCACUCGUCCUCCACCGAGCUGUUACAGGAGAUCAGACAGAUGAUGACUCAGCUCAAGAGUUACCUGCUGCAGAGCACAGAGCUGCAGGCGAUGCUGGAACAUCAAUACACACAAGACAAAUUGGAGAGCAUAGUAGAAGCUGCUCUGUGUAAGAGUGUACUGAAGCCACUGAGGGAGCCUAUUUACCAGAGUCUGGAGAAACUGCGCAGCGAUGACAACAGCCUCAAACAGCUGGCACAGAACCAGUCUGUCGUUUUAGGCAGUACCACCACAGCGUUAGGAGUCACCACAGCCGUCCCCGAGGCCUCUGCCAUGGAGAAGAUCAGCAUCAAACUCAACAACCUCCAUCUGGAGUACUCUCCCCAGAAAAAGAUCGAGCUCAUGCUGAAGGCCUGCAAGAUCAUCUACGACUCCAUGUCUGUCAGCUGUCCAGGGCGGGCCCAUGGUGCUGAUGACUUCCUGCCUGUAAUGAUGUACGUCCUGGCUAGAUCCAAUCUGUCCGCCCUGCAGCUGGAUGUGGAAUACAUGAUGGAGUUGAUGGACCCAUCGUUAGCGCUGGGAGAAGGUUCCUAUUACCUGACCACCACCUACGGGGCUCUGGAGCACAUUAAGACGUUUGACCAGCAGAGGUCAGCAACACGGCAGCUUAGCCGAGAGGUUCAGGACUCCAUCCACCGCUGGGAGAGACGGCGCACGCUCAACCAGGAACGCAUGGCCCAGGGAUCUGUGCGGGACUUUCUGACAGUGUGUUGUCCGGAAAUCGGAACCAACCCCAAAACUCUGGGUGUCCUCCCCACUACCACAAUGCAACAGCUGGCUGAGCAGUGUGCUGCACGCUUUGAACAAGACUCCUACAUACUCAGUGUGUAUAAGAACGAUGUUCACCAGCCCAUGGCCCCGACAGACCUGGCCCUCAGUGUUAAGAACAGUUCCCAACCUGGAUCCUAUUACUUUGUCUAUCACCCUGUUGAUCAACCCAUCAGCCAGCCUGGCCGCAGAUGCCCCACUGACCCGCCUCCAGCUCCGCCUGCAGAGAGCUUCCUCCCAGAAGACUUUGUAGCCACUGACUCUGUGGAGCCAGAGGCAGAGGAGGAGAGUCUGAUUAGCUUGUAACUGCUCCAGCAUCACAGUGCUGUAUCUCUAUGGUAACUACAUCACUGUGGUGACAGUGUUACUGCGGUGACCGCAUCAACAAACAAAAUCUAGGACAAUGUUUUAAUCUCAGGUCACACUUGAAGUGUUGAAAUAAUUGAAACUUAAAUGAACAAAUACAACUGAUGUGAGUUAGAGCAUGCAAGAUAUCACAGAAUAUUAUGUGAUAAACGUGGAGUAUGAAUCCCUUGUUUUGAAUUUAUUUUAUCACCAAAGAGAAGAGUGACCAACUCAAAGGACAGAACAAAGACAUGAAGGACUGAAUUUGUAUCUCAACAUGGGGUCUGGAACCCCAUAGACUGAAGGAGGAAAUUAUUUUAUAGAAUGUAAAAACACAUGUUAUCCUAACAUGCACUUAUUUUAUCAUGUUUAUACUGUUUAUAUAUGUUUACUCUUUGAUGCUCAGGCCUCUGCUUCAAACUGGGGUAGACUGUAAGUUAGUUAUUAUCAGUUCAGGAUUACAUUAACACGAUGAACUGUAAGGUCUUUAAAAAAGUUUAAUAUGAUCAAUAUUACUUUGUGAAAAUUAGCUGCUUAUACACUUGUUUAAAGGGGGCAAAGGACUGUGCAGCUAUAUUUUAUUCAAGGCACAGGUUUAUAGCAGCUAUAUGAACAGAAACUUUCAUUUUCAUACCAAAAUUUCUAGUAAGCAUCAAUAGGUCCAUUCCACUUUUGUCUAUAUACUGAUAUACUGAUUGUAUUGUAAAUAAAUUGGCUUUUAUAAUUUGCCAA